AUGUCUAGUGAAUUGAUGUUCAUUGGGACAGUACUAACUGCACUUGUCGCAUGUCAUAGCGUGAUUUGUUCUGCUGCCAAGGAUGUUUCCUUUGAUGAAAACUACGCUGUCAUCAACGGCUAUGAUCAGGUUAAGUUCCUCAACCAAGAGAAAUCCGAACUUCAGCUUUCACUGGAUCGAAAUUCUGGUGCUGGCUUUGGUUCCAAGGUGAAGUAUGGAUCUGGGUUCUUUCAGAUAAGCCUAAAGCUCCCACCCAAUGAUUCUGCGGGAGUUGUUACCACUUUCUAUCUACAUUCAGGAACGGAUUCACAUGAUGAGUUGGACAUGGAGUUUCUGGGCAACAGAGAAGGCAAACCUAUCGUAUUACAGACCAAUGUGUUUGCCAAUGGAGUUGGAAAUCGAGAACAAAAGAUAACUUUAUGGUUCGACCCGACCGCAAAUUAUCACACCUACAGAAUUCUUUGGAACCCCCAUCAAAUUGUGUUCUUCGUUGAUCAUAUUCCCAUUAGAGUUUACAAGAACAACACAGGGAUUGGGGUGGGUUACCCGACCCAACCAAUGCAAGUAUUGGCAAGCGUAUGGGACGGAGAUGAUUGGGCUACGGAUGGUGGCAAGCUUAAGGUCGAUUGGUCUCACGCGCCAUUCACAGCUAAAUACAAAGGAUUCAAAGUCUAUGGUUGCGGAUCAACGACCAAUGUUGUGGAGGGAUGUUUCUCAUUGAACUCAACAACAUACUGGUGGAACCGAAUGAAGUUCUGGAAGUUAGAGGGAGUUUACGAGAAAUAUUACCAGAAUGUGAUGAAGAAGCAUAUCACCUACAAUUAUUGCACAGAUAAAAUCAGAUAUCCUGUUCCUCCUCCAGAGUGCUCUACCAAUGUAUAGGUGGUC